GUGCUGCACUCAUAGGGAGGAACAAUUACUUACCCGUCGAGUGUGGAAUGGAAGUGUCAGAAACAUCACAAAGAAAAAAUCAAUCUGUUUCAGACAUGGCCCAGAAAGCAGAAACUGUCUCCUGGAAAAAGUUCUUUGUCAUUUUGGCGGGAAGAACUAAUGAUGCUCAUCUAGAGUUUGUGGCGAAGCUUGAAAGCAUUGGCCAAACUGAGGUGAACUCUCCAGAAGAAAGUGACUACCUUCUGGUUUUCUGUCCUGUUGCUUCAAGAGUUGGAACGGUCGUCAACGAGGCCGUGGAGAAGAUUCAAGGUGGUAAACCAGCAAUUCUGGUCGUGAUGCAUCACACCUUCAAUCCUGUCCAAGUUUUAACUGAAAGCAGAAGACUGGUGGACAACCCCAAUGUUAAGGUUACUGUGGACUGUCUGUUCUAUGAGGACAAACUCCUGACGUCCAACCGAAAUGAUACUGCAUGGUGUGAUGUCCAGAAGUAUCUUGGAGUUUCCAAGUUCUCUAUCUUUGAAGUCGAAUUAAUUAAUUUCAUGCAUAGGAAGCGUGACAGCAAUCAUGAACUUCAGAUUUCAGUGCCCCAGAAAAAGUUCUUUGUCAUCUUGGCGGGAAAAACUAAUGAUGCUCAUCUUGAGUUUGUGGCAAAGAUUGAAAGCAUUGGUCAUACUGAGGUGAACUCUCCAGAAGAAAGUGACUACCUUCUGGUUUUCUGUCCUGUUGCUUCAAGAGUUGGAAGCGACGUCAGCGAGGCCCUGGAGAAACUUCCAGGUGGUAAACCAGCAAUUCUGGUCGUGAUGCAUCACACCUUCAACCCUGACCAAGUUCUACCUGAAAGCAGAAGACUGGUGGACAACCCCAAUGUUGAGCUUACUGUGGACUGUCUGUUCUAUGAGGGCAAACUCCUGGAGUCCAACCGAAAUUAUACUGCAUGGAUUGAUGUCCAGAAGUUUCUUGGAGUUUCCAAGCAGCCUACCUUGGUAGCCAAAUUUAUGAAUUACAUCAGAAGGAAGUUUGACAUCAAUCAUGAACUUCAGAUUUCAGUGCCCCAGAAAAAGUUCUUUGUCAUCUUGGUGGGAAAAACUAAUGAUGCUCAUCUUGAGUUUGUGGCAAAGAUUGAAAGCAUUGGUCAUACUGAGGUGAACUCUCCAGAAGAAAGUGACUACCUUCUAGUUUUCUGUCCUGUUGCUUCAAGAGUUGGAACAGACGUCAGCGAGGCCCUGGAAAACCUUCCAGGUGGUAAACCAGCAAUUCUGGUCGUGAUGCAUCACACCUUCAACCCUGACCAAGUUCUAGCUGAAAGCAGAAGACUGGUGAACAACCCCAAUGUUAAGCUUACUGUGGACUGUCUGUUCUAUGAGGACAAACUCCUGACGUCCAACCGAAAUUAUACUGCAUGGAUUGAUGUCCAGAAGUAUCUUGGAGUUUCCAAGAUCUCUGUCUUGGUAGCUGAAUUCAUUAAUUACUUCAAAAUGAAGCUUGACAGCAAUCAUCAACUUCAGAUUUCAGUGUCCCAGAAAAAGUUCUUUGUCAUCUUGGCGGGAAAAACUGAUAAUGCUCAUCUUGAGUUUGUGGCAAAGCUUGAAAGCAUUGGCCAUACUGAGGUGAACUCUCCAGAAGAAAGUGACUACCUUCUGGUUUUCUGUCCUGUUGCUUCAAGAGUUGAAAGGGACGUCAGCGAGGCCCUGGAAAACCUUCCAGGCGGUAAACCAGCAAUUCUGGUCGUGAUGCAUCACACCUUCAACCCUGACCAAGUUCUAGCUGAAAGCAGAAGACUGGUGAACAACACCAAUGUUAAGGUUACUGUGGACUGUCUGUUCUAUGAGGGCAAACUCCUGACGUCCAACCGAAAUGAUACUGCAUGGCAUGAUGUCCAGAAGUAUCUUGGAGUUUCCAAGGUCUCCACCUUUCAAACCAUGUUCAAUAUGUCCCAGAAAAAGUUCUUUGUCAUCUUGGUGGGAAAAACUGAUGAUGCUCAUCUUGAGUUUGUGGCAAAGCUUGAAAGCAUUGGUCAUACUGAGUUGAACAAUCCAGAAGAAAGUGACUACCUUCUGGUUUUCUGUCCUGUUGCUUCAAGAGUUGAAAGGGACGUCAGCGAGGCCCUGGAAGACCUUCCAGGUGGUAAACCAGCAAUUCUGGUUGUGAUGCAUCACACUUUCAAUGCUGACCAAGUUCUAGCUGAAAGCAGAAGACUGGUGGACAACCCCAAUGUUGAGCUUACUGUGGACUGUCUGUUCUAUGAGGGCAAACUUCUGACGUCCAACCGAAAUGAUACUGCAUGGCGUGAUGUCCAGAAGUAUCUUGGAGUUUCCAAGGAGUCUACCUUGAAAACCUGGCUAGCCAAAUCCAUGAAUUACAUCAAAAGUAAGCAUGACAGCAGUCAUGAACAUCAGAUUUCAGUGUCCCAGAAAAAGUUCUUUGUCUUCUUGGUGGGAAAAACUAAUGAUGCUCAUCUUGAGUUUGUGGCAAAGCUUGAAAGCAUUGGUCAUACUGAGGUGAACUCUCUAGAAGAAAGUGACUACCUUCUGGUUUUCUGUCCUGCUGCUUUAAAUGUUGGAACAGACGUCAGCGAGGCCCUGGAAAACCUUCCAGGUGGUAAACCAACAAUUCUGGUCAUGAUGCAUCACACCUUAAACCCUGAUCAAGUUAUAGCUGACAGCAGAAGACUGGUGAACGUUAAUGUUAAACUGACUGUGGACUGUCUGUUCUAUAAGGACAAACUCCUGACGUCCAACCGAAAUGAUACUGCAUGGUUUGAUGUCCAGAAGCAUCUUGGAGUUUCCAAGGUAAAGUUCUUUGUCAUCUUGGCGGGAAAAACUAAUGAUGCUCAUCUGGAGUUUGUGGCAAAGCUUAAAAGCAUUGGCCAAACUGAGGUGAACUCUCCGGAAGAAAGUGACUACCUUCUGGUUUUCUGUCCUGUCGCUUCAAGAGUUGGAAGGGAUGUCAGCGAGGCCCUGGAGAAACUUCCAGGUGAUAAACCAGCAAUUCUGGUCGUGAUGCAUCACACCUUCAAUCCUGACCAAGUUCUAGCUGAAAGCAGAAGACUGGUGAACAACCCCAAUGUUAAGGUUACUGUGGACUGUCUGUUCUAUGAGGACAAACUCCUGAAGUCCAACCGAAAUUAUACUGCAUGGAUUGAUGUCCAGAAGUAUCUUGGAGUUUCCAAGGUCUCUAUCUUGGUAGCUAAAUUCAAGAAUUUCCUCAGCAGCAACGUUGACUUCAUUCAUGAAUUUCAGAUUUUAGUGUCCCAGAAAAAGUUCUUUGUCAUCUUGGCGGGAAAAACUAAUGAUGCUCAUCUAGAGUUUGUGGCAAAGAUUGAAAGCAUUGGCCAUACUGAGGUGAACUCUCUAGAAGAAAGUGACUACCUUCUGGUUUUCUGUCCUGUUGCUUCAAGAGUUGGAGGGGACGUCAGCGAGGCCCUGGAGAAACUUCCAGGUGAUAAACCAGCAAUUCUGGUCAUAAUGCAUCAGACCUUUGAACCUGACAAAGUUCUACCUGAAAGCAGAAGACUGGUGGACAACCCCAAUGUUGAGGUUACUGUGGACUAUCUGUUCUAUGAGGGCAAACUCCUGAAGUCCAACCGAAAUGAUAUUGCAUGGAUUGAUGUCCAGAAGUAUCUUGGAGUUUCCAAGGUCUCUAUCUUGGUAGCUGAAUUCAAGAAUUUCCUCAGUAGCAACCUUGACUUCAUUCAUAAAUUUCAGAUUUUAGUGUCCCAGAAAAAGUUCUGUGUCAUCUUGGCGGGAAGAACUAAUGAUGCUCAUCUAGACUUUGUGGCAAAGCUUGAAAGCAUUGGCCAUACUGAGGUGAACUCUCCAGAAGAAAGUGACUACCUUCUAGUUUUCUGUCCUGUCGCUUCAGGAGUUGGAACGGACGUCAGCGAUGCCCUGGAGAAACUUCCAGGUGCUAAACCAGCAAUUCUUGUUGUAAUGCAUCACACCUUCAACCCUGAACAAGUUGUAGCUGAAAGCAGAAGACAGGUGGACAACCCCAAUGUUGAGCUUACUGUGGACUGUCUGUUCUAUGAGGGCAAACUCCUGAAGUCUAUCCAAAAUGAUACUGCAUGGAUUGAUGUCCAGAAGUAUCUUGGAGUUUCCAAGGAGUCUACCUUGGGAGCCAUGAAUAACAUCAGUAGGAAGCGUGACAGCAAUCAUGAACUUCAGAUUUCUGUGUCCCAGAAAAAGUUCUUUGUCAUCUUGGCGGGAAAAACUAAUGAUGCUCAUCUUGAGUUUGUGGCAAACCUUAAAAGCAUUGGUCAUACUGAGGUGAACUCUCCAGAAGAAAGUGACUACCUUCUGGUUUUCUGUCGUGUUGCUUCAAGAGUUGGAACGGAUGUCAGCGAUGCCCUGGACAAACUUCCAGGUGGUAAACCAGUAAUUCUGGUCGUGAUGCAUCACACCUUCAGUCCUGACCAAGUUCUAGCUGAAAGCAGAAGACUGGUGGACAACCCCAAUGUUGAGCUUACUGUGGACUGUCUGUUCUAUAAGGACAAACUCCUGAUGUCCAACCGAAAUGAUACUGCAUGGCGUGAUGUCCAGAAGUAUCUUGGAGUUUCCAAGGUCUCCACCUUUCGAGCCAUAUUCAAUAGUAAGCGUGACAGCAAUGAUGAACUUCAGAUUUCAGUGUCCAAGAAAAAGUUCUUUGUCAUCUUGGUGGGAAAAACUAAUGAUGCUCAUCUUGAGUUUGUGGCGAAGCUUGAAAGCAUUGGCCAGACUGAGGUGAACUCUCCAGAAGAAAGUGACUACCUUCUGGUUUUCUGUCCUGUUGCUUCAAGAGUUGGAACAGACGUCAGCGGGGCCCUGGAAAACUUUCCAGGUGAUAAACCAGCAAUUCUUUUUGUGAUGCAUCACACCUUCAACCGUGACCAAGUUCUAGCUGAAAGCAGAAGACUGGUGGACAACCCCAAUGUUGAGCUUACUGUGGACUGUCUGUUCUAUGAGGACAAACUCCUGAAGUCCAACCGAAAUGAUACUGCAUGGAUUGAUGUCCAGAAGUAUCUUGGAGUUUCCAAGGAGUCUACCUUGAAAGCCUUGGGAGCCAAAAUCAUGAAUAACAUUAGUUGGAAGCGUGACUUCAAUCAUGAACUUCAGAUUUCAGUGUUCCAGAAAAAGUUCUUUGUCAUCUUGGCGGGAAAAACUAAUGAUGCUCAUCUAGAGUUUGUGGCAAAGCUUAAAAGCAUUGGCCAUACUGAGGUGAACUCUCCAGAGGAAAGUGACUACCUUCUGGUUUUCUGUCCUGUCGCUUCAAGAGUUGGAAGGGCCGUCAGCGAUGCCCUGGAGAAACUUCCAGGUGAUAAACCAGCAAUUCUGGUCGUGAUGCAUCACACCUUCAACCGUGACCAAGUUGUAGCUGAAAGCAGAAAACUGGUGAACAACCCCAAUGUUAAGGUUACUGUGGACUGUCUGUUCUAUGAGGACAAACUCCUGAAGUCCAACAGAAAUGAUAUUGCAUGGAUUGAUGUCCAGAAGUAUCUUGGAGUUUCCAAGGUCUCCACCUCUCCAGCCAAAUUCAAUCGUGUCUCUUUUCCAAGUCUUCCCAGAUUCUUUAAGCACUAGUAACUGUGACUGCAAUCAAUGAACUUCCGAUUUCAGAUCAAAUGUUCUUUCCUUUGAAUUAAGGGAUAUUGAUGUUGGAAUUAUUCAUCUAAUAUGUGAACAAAACAAUUUCAGUUAUUUCAAUUGUAAAUGAUACCAAGUGACUAGUUUAUCAGUUCUUCUUCCUCGUAGUUUCUUUCAUUGGCUGCCUUUUUUUUUCCAGACUAAGCAUAGGUAAACAGGACAACAAGCUCAACAAAAUAGACAUAAACUACUAUGUACAGUUAUAUCUAUCUAUCUAUCUAUCUAUCUAUCUAUCUAUCUAUCUAUCUAUCUAUCUAUCUAUCUAUAAACCAAUAAAUAAUUAACAUUUGAGAGUACAAAGGAUGCUGAAAUAAAUAAUUACAUGCAGGUUUCUUUAUGUACAUUAGGUAGGUGGAUAUUACAGUAUAUAUACUGUGUGCACAUUGUGGGUAAAUGUGUUUGAAUGAUUCUAUUUCUGUUUUAAAAAAGUGAAUUUCAACAAUGUAUUUGCUCCUCCUGUCAAUACUGGGUUUUAAGUGAUGGGAACAAACUCAAAUAAUGAGAGUGUACAGCCAGGGUAACGACCAGAGUUAUUUCUCAACUCCAGUAAUUGUGCUUUAGAGAUACACGCUUUGUGGUAUGUACUGUUUAAAGGUGUUAUCAUGUUUUAAAUGAAGAGAAAACAUCACUGUAAAAUAAUGAUUGCUGCUACUUUGUACUCAUUCAGACAUCAGGACUGUAUGUGUUACCUUCAUGAAGAAUAAACACAAAUUUAACAAGUGA